UAUAAAAGCGAAGACCGUCUUCCCAGAGCUACGAGAAUCUUGCAAGUCUCCUGCCAGACACACCUCAGCGUGAAUACUCCUCCGAUGGAUACGAUACUUAAGACUGUCCUCCUCCUGUCCGUCACCGCCUUGGCGAGCGCGGGGAAUGUGUUUGGCGGCGGUCACCAUGGAUUUUCGGGGGCCGGUUUCCGAGGCGCGGGAUUCCAGUCUGGAGGCUUCGGCGGUCCCCUCUUUGCCGCGGCCGCUACUCCUGGCCUCUCUGGCGGAGGCGCCUCAUACCCUCCUCAACCAUACAGCUUUGGCUACGACACAACCGACGAGUUCGGUACCCAGCUCUUUCACAAGGAACAAGGCGACGCCAGCAACGCUAAGACCGGUUCGUACGGCUACCGAGAUGCCAAUGGUAUCUUCCGUACGGUCAAGUACGUAGCGGACGCCAACGGUUUCCGUGCUACGAUUGACACCAACGAGCCAGGAACUGCUCCGGGAGCCAGUGCAGACGCCGUUUUCAACGCCAAUCCUGUUGCUGCUCCAGCCGUUGGGCCAGGUGCCGGAAAAGGUGGAGCCGGCCGUUAUGCAGGAGCGAAAGCUGGCGCGUAUGGCGCCGGUGCUGGAGGCCCUUGGGCCGGCUAGUCACUUGUUUUGCUAUAGUGGUAGACAAAUUGUUUUACUUGUUUUGUGCUGUUUUGCCUAUGAGGCAACGAACAAUGGUGAUUGUGCUUGAAGUGUAUCUAAGGAGUCUGUAUGCAAUAAAUGACUUACAC